AUGGAGUCUUCAAAGGAAGCUAAAGCUACCGCCAACGUGGCAACCGUGUCUGAUCAGUCCGACAACGGCAGCGAGGACCAUGGCAAGAAGCCUGUGCCCCUGAGCAUGAAGAUCCUCUCGGUCGUCAUCGUGAGCAUGAUUGGCUUCGGUGGCCAUUGGAGUAGUGGUGUUACAGGUGCUUUGAAGAGUACUCUGAAGAAGGAACUUCACAUCACAAACACCCAAUAUGCUAUUCUCGAUACUAGUGAGAACUUCAUCAAGACAGCCCUGAUCUUAGUCAGCGGUGUUCUCACUGACCGAUACGGCGGCGCAAGCACAAUGCUCUGGGGCAACGCCAUCUUCAGCCUGGGCGCAAUCCUCGUCGCAGCCGCAACUACAAUCCGCAACUACAAAUUCAUGAUCGGCGGCGUCAUAAUCCAGGCCCUAGGCGACGUCGCCACCCAAGUCGCCCAGUACAAGAUCUUCUCCUCGUGGUUCCCCCCCUCGUCCGGCUUCGCCUCCACGCUGGCCUUUGAGCUGGGCAUCGGCAAGAUCGGCUCCUUCGUCGGCAAGGCCACCGCGAAUGUCAUCUCGGAGAACCUGGGCGACUUCAGCUGGGCGUACUGGAUGGCCGUGUUCAUGAACCUGUUCACUAACGUCGCGACGCUGUUCUUCUGGUGGUUCACACGCUGGUGCGAGAAGCGAUAUGCGGGUACUAGAGAUCCUGCGACGGGAGAGAAACUCACGGAGAAUAACAAGAAGUUCGAGAUCAAGAAGAUGCUUACUCUUCCUUGGUCCUUCUGGCUCAUCUGCUUGUUCUCUCUCUUCCAGACAUCGACGGCUAGCGUUUUUUCUUCCAACAGCACUGAGUUGGCUGAGCAGCGCUUCAAGAUCUCUGCUGUCAAAGCAGGAUGGUAUUCCUCCAUGACACAGUACCUCGGAUUCUUCUUCGUGCCUUUGAUUGGAGUUUUCGUCGACAUGAUGGGACAGCGAAUCACGCUUAUGGUCGUCUGCGCUCUGGGCAUGCUCUUGUCUAUGUGUCUGGUAGCCUGGGGCCCAAGUGUAUCCGGCACAGCCGCCAGCUUCGGCAUAUAUGCUGUCGCCAGCUCUUUUGGUCCCACGGUCAUCAUCGACAGUAUCCGCACGAGUAUGUGGUACCAAGAAGUCUUUGGAUCAGGCUACGCCAUCAAGAUCGCCAUCAACAACAGCAUGACCAUCAUCGUCAGCCUAAUCGCCGGUGUGAUCCAAGACCGCGACGACAACAGCUACAACAACGUCACAGUCCUCUACGCCACGAUGGCAGCGGGUUCAGUCGUUGUAGCAGGCAUAAUGCUUGGACUGUGUUUCGCGAGCGACCUCAUCGGACAUCUGCAGUGGAGUCGCAAGAAGAGAGUCAAGAACGGACACGUGAUCACCGCCAAGAAGGUUGAGUUCGAGAGCGAGGGGCAUGCUGAGAGGAAUGGAAAGUUGGGACUGGUGAAUUUCUGUGCUGUUAUUGUUCUUAUUCUUGGCGCGUGGGUGGCGUACUUCUGGGGGUUGGCCACGAAGAACACAUAUUAG